GCGCCGGCCGCUGCUGCCGGUACCGGGAGAGAGCGGGGUGGGGGGAGAGCGGUCUCCGGGCUCUCCCGUGGCACAGAGUGACACCGGGCUGAGCGUGGGCAGGGUGGUCCCUGGGCCGGGACCGGGAGGCGGCGGCGGCGGGGGGGAGGGGGGGUGUGUGUGUGUGUGGGGACGCUGAACGGGCCCCCGGUGGCGGCAGCAUGAACGCCGCUCAGGGCACGGUGGGCAGCGACCCCGUUAUCCUGGCUACGGCCGGCUACGACCACACGGUGCGGUUCUGGCAGGCGCACAGCGGCAUCUGCACCCGCACCGUCCAGCACCAGGACUCUCAGGUCAACGCGCUGGAGAUCACGCCAGACCGGAGCAUGAUCGCAGCCGCAGGCUACCAGCACAUCCGCAUGUACGACCUCAACUCCAACAACCCCAACCCCGUCAUUAACUACGACGGCGUGAGCAAGAACAUCACCUCGGUGGGCUUCCACGAGGACGGGCGGUGGAUGUACACGGGCGGGGAGGACUGCAUGGCCAGGAUCUGGGACCUGAGGUGGGCAGAGGCCGGGGUGUCCCCCCUCCAGCAGCACUCCAGAGGUGGUGGAGCCACUUGCACGCUCUUAAAACGCUCUCCUUUCUCCCCCUUCCGCUGCAGGUCUCGUAACCUCCAGUGCCAGCGGAUUUUCCAGGUGAACGCUCCCAUUAACUGUGUCUGCCUGCACCCCAACCAGGCGGAGCUAAUUGUGGGUGAUCAGAGUGGUGCCAUUCACAUCUGGGACCUGAAGACAGACCACAACGAGCAGCUGAUUCCAGAGCCCGAAGUCUCGGUGAAUUCGGUUCACAUUGACCCCGAUGCCAGUUACAUGGCAGCUGUCAACAGCUCGGGAAAUUGCUACGUGUGGAACCUGACGGGUGGCAUUGGAGAGGAGGUGACCCAGCUGAUCCCCAAGACCAAGAUCCCAGCACACAACCGCUACGCCCUUCAGUGCAAGUUCAGCCCCGACUCCACGCUUUUGGCUACAUGUUCUGCAGAUCAGACGUGUAAGAUCUGGAGGACUUCAAACUUCUCUCUGAUGACAGAGCUGAGCAUUAAGAGCAAUAACCCAGGGGAAACAUCCCGGGGCUGGAUGUGGGACUGCGCGUUCUCCGGGGACUCCCAGUACAUCGUCACAGCCUCCUCUGAUAAUUUGGCCAGACUUUGGUGUGUGGAGACAGGAGAGAUCAAGAGGGAAUACAGUGGCCACCAGAAAGCAGUUGUCUGCCUUGCUUUCAAUGACAGCGUGUUGGGAUAAUGGUUGUGUGUGGGAAGGAAAGGACCUCUGCUUGUUUUCCCUUGUCUUACAAGGGCAAGGACCUUCUCUGGAGCCCUUGUAACGAUCCCUCCUCUGAUGGAGAGGGCUUGUUCUCUGGCAGAAGCAGCCGUGUCUGCUUGGGGUGAGACCAGGCUUCAGCUCCAAGCAGAUCAUCACCGAAACACGUGUGGCCUCUCAGGGAGGCCACUUGGACAAAAGGGAAGGGGAGAGGGAGGCACAAUCCCACUGAGGGGAACUGGGUAUAGUUCAGGUGGAGGAAUCCCUGUGGCAUCAGCUGCUGACAGCUUUGUGGUUUUCUUGUACCCCAAAGUGGAAAAAUAAAGAAAUCAGCCUUUCUAAACGAUGGAAUUGGCUGAGCAAAGAGAGGAAAGGCAGCUGUUUUCUUGUUUUGCAAUCCCUUUAUUCAAAGUGUAUUUCACAGACUGACUUGGAGAGCUGGAGUCUUACAAAGCCAACCACCCCCAACAAAUUUAACAACCUUGUGUUGGACAGGGUGUGUAGCUGUGAAACACUAGCUACUCCACAUGAUUCCUCUAGGCCUGGAUCUCCUAAUACCUACGAACAAGAUGCAGCCCUGGAGCACAGCUUCAAAUAAAGUGUCUAUACUGACAGUG